AACCAUCGUCCGGGCAGGGGCAAUCUAGUCAUUUCCUGCUAUUCCCUCCCUUCUGCCGCUACCUUUUUCCUCCUCUUCCUGCUCGUCAGUCGUCACACUCCCCGCCGUCGCAGCAAAUAUUCCAAUCCGACGGCGCCGUGCCCUCAAAUCCCGUGAAGCGCCUCGCCGCGCAGACAAAAAUCCCCAAACCCCCUCGAGAGCCUUGCAAUCUUAGCCUCGCAAAACCAGCGAUCCGGGGCGGGCGAGGCGGCCGUGGUUGGAUCGUCGCAUGGCGGAGAUUCACAAUCACUCGAUGUCCAACCAGCCCCCAGAUAUUCCUCAGAUACUGCUGGAAGCUCAGAACCGAUGGCUGCGGCCCACCGAAAUCUGCCAAAUAUUGUCAAACUACAAGAAGUUCUCCAUUGCGCCCGAGCCACCAGACAGACCUCCAAGUGGUUCGCUGUUUCUGUUUGAUCGGAAAAUAUUAAGAUACUUCAGAAAGGAUGGGCACAACUGGAGAAAGAAAAAGGAUGGAAAGACAGUGAAAGAAGCUCAUGAGAAGCUGAAAGUUGGCAGUGUUGAUGUACUUCAUUGUUAUUAUGCCCAUGGGCAGGAUAAUGAGAACUUCCAAAGACGGACCUAUUGGCUGCUAGAAGAGGGUUUCAUGAAUAUUGUUCUUGUUCACUACCUUGAAGUCACGGGUGGCAAACAAAGUUUCAGUCGUGCUAAAGAAGCUGAAGAGAUUACAGGAUUAUCUAAUGCUGAUAGUCCUGCAUGUUCAAACUCUUUCACUAGUCAGAGCCAGGUAGCCUCCCAAUCUAUGGAUGCUGAAAGCCCAAUUAGUGGACAGAUUUCGGAAUAUGAAGAUGCUGAAACAGAUAAUUGUCGAGCGAGCUCCAGAUACCACCCUUUCACUGAGAUGCAGCAGCCUGUGGAUGGGAUCAUGAUGGAUAACUUAUUGGGUGCUUCAGCUCCAAGUGCUUCUGUAAAUAAUCCAGGUUAUCUUGGUGAAAUGCGGCUUACCACAGCUAACUUAAACAAUCAUUUUGUCACUCACAAUGACAUAGCUAGUGCAUUCAACGAAACUGGAGUAGGGUUAACUGGCGGUCCCAAAACUCCACCCAAUUCAGCGCGGUUUGGUGAACCCUUUCCAGAAUAUCCAGGUAGCUUCAUGGAGCCAACACUCUAUUCUUCUUUUGCCACCGUGGAGUCCAACAAUCUGGAUGAUAGUUCGCACUUGCAAACAUUUAUGUCUGAGGCACUCUACACCAACAACCUCACUCAAAAGGAAGCUGAUGUGCUGAGUGCUGCAGGCAUAUCGUCCUCUCAGGCAGAGAAUGAUAGUUAUACCGAUCGAAGUAUGAGAUAUCCACUUUUGAAGCAGUCAUCAUUAGAUCUCUUUAAGAUUGAGCCAGAUGGUUUGAAGAAAUUCGACAGCUUCUCAAGGUGGAUGAGCAACGAACUUGCAGAGGUUGUUGAUUUGGAUAUCAAAUCCAGUUCUGAUGCUUUCUGGAGUAGUACUGAAACUGUGAAUGUUGCUGAUGACUCUAGUAUACCUAUCAACGAGCAGUUAGAUGCAUAUGUAGUCAGCCCUUCACUUUCUCAAGACCAGCUCUUCAGCAUUAUUGAUGUAUCUCCAAGCUGGGCAUUUAAUGGCUUGAAGACUAAGGUCUUAAUUACUGGUACAUUCUUGUCAAACAAAGAUGAUGCGGAAAAUUGCAGGUGGUCAUGUAUGUUCGGGGAUGUUGAAGUACCUGCUGAAGUUUUAGUAGAUGGAUCCUUGCGCUGCUAUACGCCAGUGCAUCAUUCUGGACGAGUUCCGUUUUAUGUGACAUGUUCAAAUAGAUUAGCUUGUAGUGAAGUGCGAGAAUUUGAGUUCCGUGAUUCUGAGGCCCAGUAUAUGGAGACUUCAGAUGAUCUGCAUACUGCUGGCAUAAAUGAAAUGCAUUUACAUAUCCGUCUUGAGAAGUUACUUUCCUUGGGAUCAGAUGAAUAUGAGAAGUAUGUUUUGAGUAGUGGAAGUAAGCCUGAGUUGAUCGACACUAUUAAUUCCUUAAUGCUUGAUGAUAAAUUGUCCAACCUGGCAUUGCCAACUGAUGAGAAAGAAUUUUCCACUGUACGGGAUCAAAAUCUUGAGAAACUGGUGAAAGAAAAGCUGUAUUAUUGGCUCAUCCAUAAGAUACGUGAUGAUGGAAAAGGUCCGAAUGUUCUAGGCAAAGAAGGACAAGGCGUGAUUCAUUUAGUAGCUGCACUUGGCUAUGAUUGGGCUAUAAGACCAAUAGUUGCUGCAGGCGUAAAUGUUAACUUCAGGGAUAUUCGUGGAUGGACUGCGCUUCACUGGGCUGCAUCUUGUGGAAGGGAGCUGGCAGUUGGUGCCCUGAUAGCAAAUGGAGCUGCAUCUGGUGCUUUGACUGAUCCAACACCACAAUUCCCAUCUGGAAGAACACCUGCUGAUUUAGCAUCAGAAAACGGACACAAAGGCAUUGCCGGUUUUCUUGCAGAGUCUGCUUUGACAAGUCACCUUUCAGCACUUACACUAAAAGAAUCACAUGGUGGCAAUGCAGAAGAAAUAUGUGGAUUAGCAGCAGCUGAAGAUCUUGUAGAAUCAAGUUCUGCUCGGCUUGCUUGUGUGGAUUCUCAGGCAGAGUCAUUAAAAGAUUCACUUGGUGCGGUUCGUAAAUCAACUCAAGCUGCAGCCAGAAUAUUUCAAGCUUUUAGGAUGGAAUCUUUCCACAGAAAGAAAGUAAUUGAAUAUGGAGAUGAUGACUGUGGAUUAUCUGAUGAACACACGCUUUCGCUUGUUUCUCUUAAAAAUGCGAAACCUGGACAGAGUGAUAUGCCUGUGCAUUCUGCUGCAGUUCGUAUCCAAAACAAGUUUAGAGGAUGGAAAGGAAGGAAGGAGUUCAUGAUUAUCCGACAGAAAAUUGUAAAGAUACAGGCCCAUGUACGUGGACAUCAAGUAAGGAAAAGCUAUAGGAAGAUAGUCUGGUCUGUAGGCAUCGUGGAGAAAGUCAUACUGAGGUGGAGGAGAAAGAGAAGGGGCCUGCGAGGUUUCCAACCUGAGAAACAACUCGAAGGUCCAUCGCAGAUCCAACCUGCAAAGGUUGAGGACGAAUAUGAUUUCUUGAAGGACGGCAGGAAACAGGCUGAAGGCAGGCUACAAAGAGCACUUGCUCGUGUGCAUUCCAUGACUCAGUAUCCGGAAGCAAGGGACCAAUACCGUAGGCUGCAAAACUGUGUUACCGAACUGCAGGAGUCCCAGGCGGUGCAGGAUAGGAUGCUUAGCGAUCCAACUGGCGCGGAUGGAGGCGAUUUCAUGGCUGAACUGGAGGACCUAUGCCGGGACGAUGGCGACACACCUUUGUCCACUAUUUGGUGACAUUGAGCUACUAAUUCAGUUAGGCCGUGACCUCUUCGUUACCAGACUAGAUGUAAAUUCUUGUUGCUAGAGCUCCAGUAAAAACAGACCCUUGUAAUGGAGGUUCACUUCUCAGCAUUUGACUCCAUAUGAUAUAGCUAAUACCAUGAGACUUAAUAGUCUUA